AUGGUAGAAAAGGGAGAAAAUUUCUACAGAACAAAAGAAAAGCUAGCAUACUGGAAGAUGCUGAAGGGGGGCAAGCCCACCAGGGACUCAGCAGGGAACAUAAUAAAGGCAGCAAUAUUCCAGAAUCCUGUGGCUGCGCCCGGAAGAAUAAAGCACUCAAGGACAUGGUUUGCCUCCACACGAACAACAGACCAAAGAGAACUGGAGGCUUUUAGAAAGGACUUGGAGGAGCAGGCAACCGACGCGUACAAAGUGAUUCUAGACCAAGGAAAAGUCCCAAUGAGUUUGAUCCAAGAAAGCAAAGAAAAGGCAAUUCGGCCAAUCAUCUCAUAUGAGAACACGUUUGGAAAGAAGGCCACCAGAAAGAAGGUGAAGCUUUCUGUGCAGUCGAUUGACGAGCUCGCGAAAAAGGCAAAGGUGGCUGUUGACAAAACAGUUGAAGAGAAGGAGAAGGAGAUGGAAGACACAAAGGACAAAAUCUACCAAAAGGGGCAGAGCAGAAGAAUCUGGGCUGAGCUGUACAAAGUGCUUGACUCAAGUGAUGUGGUCAUUCACAUUCUUGAUGCAAGGGACCCCCUUGGCACAGAGUGCACGAAUAUUAAAAGGUACAUGAAUGAGCACAAGCACAAGCAUCUGAUCUAUCUUCUAAACAAGGUCGACCUUCUCCCCACGGGAGUAACAGCAAAAUGGCUAGCAUACCUCUCUAAAACCACGCCGACUCUUGCCUACCAUGCGUCCUCAAUUGACAGAAACUACGGAAAACAGAGUCUGCUGAAUCUGCUGCGGCAGUUCGCCAAGCUGCAUCCAGACAAGAAGCAGAUCAGUGUAGGGUUUGUGGGAUAUCCCAAUGUAGGGAAGAGCAGUAUUAUCAACACGCUCAAAUCUAAGAUUGUUUGCACAGUAGCUCCAAUCCCUGGCCAGACAAAGGUAUGGCAAUACAUUUCUCUUAUGAAGAGAAUCUAUCUGAUUGACUGCCCAGGAAUCGUGCCAGCAGCAGACAAGAAUGAGACAGAUGUAGUUCUGAAGGGGGUAGUUCGAGUGGAGAACAUUACAUCACCCGAGGACCAUGUUGAAGCUCUUCUCAAAAAAGCAGAAAAAAAGCACAUCCAUAACCUAUACGGCAUUGAGCCAGGAGAUGACCACCUGGAGUUCUUGGAGAAGCUGGCAAAGCAGUCAGGAAGGUUGCUUAAGGGGGGAGUAGCUGAUAUAACUGCAGUUUCCAAAAUAGUCCUGCAUGACUGGCUCAGAGGAAGAAUCCCGUAUUAUACACUGCCGCCAGAAACACCUGAAGACAAAGCUAGUUAA